ACUAGUUUUAUCUGCUUUAAUCGAAGUUUAACAUUAGUAAUACAAGCAUGUUACGUAAGUAAUAGAUAAAUACACAUUUAAAGGUCUAUAUGUGUUCAUUAUACCUAUUUGCGGAUGUUUUACGAAACAUAACGCGUGGUAAACUUGCUAUACCUUAAGUGCUGCGUUAUUCAUACAAUAUACUAUGCCGCCGCCGAUGAUGUAACUAAAUGUUUCAGCUUUGGUUGACUUACUGUGAUAUGAAUUUCAUUUUACUGAGGCGGGGAAGGUUAAAUAAUGUAACUAUAAGUUUGCAAUUGUUGUAAAGUUAUUCUAAAAUGGGUGGUGUUUCGUGAAGUAUGGCGGACGCAGCAGCACCAGCCGGUGGAUCAGGAACUCGUGGAGGAUUUCGAGGAGGAUUUGGAGGUAGGGGCCGCGGUCGUGGCAGAGGAAGAGGCCGUGGUAGAGGGAGAGGACGUGGAAAGGAAGAUGAAAAAUCUUGGGUACCAGUAACAAAACUGGGAAGAUUGGUCAAAGAUGGGAUGAUCAAGUCCUUGGAGGAGAUCUAUCUCUUCUCUCUUCCAAUCAAGGAGUUUGGGAUCAUUGAUGAUUUGAUCGGAAGCUCUCUUAAGGACGAAGUGCUCAAGAUCAUGCCCGUACAAAAGCAGACACGUGCCGGACAACGUACACGUUUCAAGGCUUUUGUUGCUGUUGGAGAUUCCAACGGGCAUGUUGGUUUGGGUGUCAAAUGUUCCAAGGAAGUAGCAACCGCUAUUCGUGGAGCGAUUACACUCGCCAAGCUCUCCAUCAUCCCUAUUCGACGUGGUUACUGGGGAAACAAGAUCGGAAAACCACAUACUGUUCCAUGCAAAGUUCAUGGAAAAUGUGGUAGUGUUCACGUACGUUUGAUCCCAGCACCUCGUGGUACAGGCAUCGUCUCUGCUCCCGUACCCAAGAAGUUGUUGAGCAUGGCUGGUCUUGAGGAUUGUUACACUUCUGCAAGAGGACAGACCGCCACACUCGGAAAUUUCGCUAAGGCCACCUUCAAUGCUAUCUCCAAGACCUACAGCUACCUUACGCCUGACCUAUGGCGUGACCAGCCACUCACGAAAGCGCCAUACCAAGAGUAUACUGACCACCUUGAGAAGAACCACACCAGUGGUGGAGUACAAAAGCAAGAAGUCAAGAAAUACUAACUCAAAACGCAGGCACGACCAACAACGGCUGCCGAAUUUAAAUGGCGCCGUCAUGAAUGCCGUGCAGUGUUUUCGAAUUUAAAAAAAAUUGGCACGCUCACUUUUAUUUUAUUCGCUGCCAUUUUAGUUGCUUUUAAUUUCCCCUGGUUCUCAGUUGCCCAUCUUCGAAUUUUCUGUUCUCGCAAUCUCGGAUGGAUGUUGUUCAAAUACCAUGCGAACUACUUAAGUUUCGACGAGCGACUUGUUUGACUGAUCUCCCAACUUGGUUCUUGGUUUGUGGUGGUUAUAAAAUAUAAGUGAGAUCCAAAA